AUGACCACGCGUUUUGUUGAGGGCGUUCAAAUAAGUCCAACAGAACCAAGCACUAGCAGUGAAAGUACAGCUGAAGCUUUUUAUUGUGGUUUUGAUUCAACACCUCAAUUAUCUUCAAAUUUUUCUAGAGAAUUAAAUGGACAAUUUUUCAAUAAACAAAAAACUAAAGCAAAAAUUAAUACGAAAUCAAUUUGGAAAGCAAAAUUAUAUAUUAAUUUGAUUGCUGGUGCUGCAAUUAUGCUUACCAUACUUGCUGGUAUUUUACUUUUUGUUGUUAUACCACACAUGGGGAGAAGUAAUUCUGAACAAAGACAAAGAAGGUUUCCUGGCAAUCGAGAACAUCGUUAUGAUUGGCCACCUCCAUCCUAUUCUUUAAUGGGACGCUUUAAAAAAGCAGCAAUUACUUGUGAUCAUGGAAUUUGUAGUGAAAUAGGUCGAAAUAUAUUAAUUGCUGGUGGAAAUGCAAUAGAUUCAGCAAUUGCUUCACUUUUUUGUUUGGGUGUUACAAAUCCACAAAGUAGUGGUUUGGGUGGCGGUUUUAUUAUGACAUUUUAUGAUAGAACAAAACAAAAAUGUUUUGUAUUAGAUGCAAGAGAAACAGCUCCUAAGGCUAGUCAUAAAGAAAUGUAUGGAAAAGAUGAAUGGGCUAGUAAGUAUGGUUUUCGUGCUAUUGCAACUCCGGGUGAGUUGGCUGGUUAUUGGAGAGCUUUUAAAGAAUGGGGAAGUGGGAAAGUAAAUUGGUCUGAUCUGAUAAUGCCUUCAGUGAAUUUAGCUAGAAAAGGUGUUCCAAUAAGUGAAUUUUUAGCUUAUGUAUUGAAUAUAAAAGAAAAUCAUUUGAAAACAUUACCUUCAAUGAAAAGUUGGUUUAAUCCAAAAACAAAUAAAGUAUGGCAAUUUGGUGAUAUAAUUAAACGUCCAGAAUUGGCAGGUUUAUUUCUAAUGAACGAAAUCCUGUUGAAUUAUUUUACAGAGGAAAAAUGGCUGAGGAGAUUAUUAAUGAAAUGGCGGACAAUGGUAUGUAUUUUUUGUUUAAAACAUGAAAUUUUUCUUUUAAAAAUUUUGGGCGGUAUUCUCACAAAAGAAGAUUUGCAGAACUAUAGAGUAUUAGUUCAUGAUUCUCCACUUUUGGUAGAUGGAUUCUCAGGGAAUUUGAGAAUGUGUGGUCCACCCCCUCCUUCUUCCUUUGCUGUUACACAAGCAAUUGUUGCUACAAUGACUUCUAAAUUUUCUAAUUAUACUCGUUGGGGCAAUCCGUUAAAUGGAGUUCUUGAUGAUACCGAGUUUUAUCAUUGGUUAAUUGAAACACAAAAAUUUGCCUAUGCAAAAAGAACCCGUCUUGGAGAUAUACAUUUUGUACCACAGGCAAAAGAAUUGGCAAUAAAUAUGACACAAAGAGAAUUUGCAAAAAUGAUUUUAAAAAAAGUACCUCCAAAAGCCAUGUUUUCAACAUAUUAUACUGAUGGAAAUCCUAUUAAUGCUCAAAAGGAAGAUCAUGGUACUUCACAUGUUUCUGUACUUGAUGCAGAUGGAAAUGGCGUUUCUGCAACCAGUACUGUUUGGUGCUGUCGUGCAAUCCGAAAAAUUAGGAAUUGUUUGGAAUGAUG